GGAAGUAAGAACCGGUAUGACAGACAGCCAAGCCGGUUAGAGAUAAAGCACGUUCAGUUAUAUUUUCACACAUGUCUACCUGUUAAUAAUUUAAACUAAUUCAUGGCGGAGUUUAGUGAAAAUAACGGCCCUGAAACUGAAGAAACCGACGAGACAAACGGCGGAAACGUCCCGGAGCUUCUGAGUGAAACAGGUGACCCCUCGGUGACAGACCCCCCGGGACUGUGGACAAAUCACAAGCGGAGGAAAAAGUUAGUCCUGCAUGUCGACCUCAACAACACCAUCCUGGUGUCUGACGCCGUUACGGGUCAGGGGACCGUAGCUGCUCUGGACUAUUUCCUCUCCACUGUUACCUGGGGGAAGAUGAGCAAACAAGGAAAAUGGGAAUGGCUGAGUGACUCUCCCUCUCUGCUCCCACCGUCUGAUGAUGCUGUUAGUUACUACUCUCAGUUUGGACGGACGCCAAGUUUCACCUCUGCUGCAGGGCGGCGUUUCCGUGGAGUCUUGGAUCAGCAUCUGGAACUGCUCCGCUGGCCCGAGGGUGUCAAGGAAGACAAAGACAUGGCUGUGAGAGGAGAGGAUGGCCGGCUGUACCACUGGAUCCUGCCCUCCUUCUUCCAGAUGUUCAAAGACCUGGUCCAGGAAGGGCGAGACUUUGCCGUUCUUUUCCGUACCUUUGGAACUGAUCUACCUCGUGUGUUGAGUGCGGUGUCCAGAGCGCUGAAUGAAGGGGCUCAUCCACUGUUCCCAGAUCUGCCUGAUCUUAAGCUUGCUGUGAAUAUGACUCCAGGCAAAAUCCGCUGCAGUAAGAGAGCGAUCGUCCUGAGCCGAGCUGAUGACCGUGUGUCGUCUCGUGAUGGAGAGAGAGGCCUGUACGAGUACUUCAGCUCAGUCCAGGGCCUGGGAGGCUUCCAGGAUCACUUUGACUGGUGGGCUAGUAACACGUUCUCCAUUCGUGGGGGGAAGCCGUUGUGGGUUGACCCAUUUGACCACAACGUCCAGCACAUCUUCAUAGACGACAAUAUUCGUCAGAAUGAUGAGGAUACUAUAGUUCAUCCAAAGGUGUUUUUGGACCCAGGUGGUGUUGAAACUCGCACAGCCUGCACCUCUGAGCUUUAUGACAUCACGCUGGUCCAGACCGACCUCCUGAGGGCCAUUUCUGACCCGAGCUACUUCACUCACCGAGUCAACAUCUGCCAGGAAAACUAUGACAGGAAUGUCCAGCAGGGGGCAGGCUAGAACUGGGAUCAACCCUUUUACCAUGUAUGUCUGUUUGUCUGUGAGAAAACCUGCAGUUUAGGGUUCAGUUAACACAGACUCCAUGAUCCAAGACAGACAGGGACACAGUAGAGUGUAGUCAAGGCUGUUAGGAACCACAGAUGGAAAGAUGUCUUUAAAGGGGAAGGGGAGAUUAACAGAAAAAAUUGACUAUUUAUCAGAAAAAAAAACAAGAUUAUAAGAUAACCUUUCAUGGUAAACUGACAUGAAAUGAGAAGAAUGGUGCCUUAGUCAUUCCCAGUCUUUGUAAUCAACACCUCUCCUGGUAGUUUGUGGCUGGGUUAAGGUAAAGUAAUAAAUAUGAGUCUAAAGUCAACUUUAGUUGAGAAUGUGCAGUCCUCUGCAGGUUGUGGGCAUGGCUUUCUGACUGAAAGCAUUGAAGAAGAAGUCUCUAAAACAGUUGUUAGUAUAGAGUCAGAUAUUGUUGCAUAGACGAAGAGACCUCAGAUAUGAUUGUAAAAAGAUGCGCAAAACUCGGGAUGAGUCGCAUGUGCUAAUGCCAUAGCUAAAUUUGUCACUCCAACUUUAUUGGCCUGCCCCAGUGCAUUGUUUUGUCCAAAGCUGAGGUGAGCUGAUUUGAAAUGCAACAAGAAAUGUUCAAGAACUUUCACUGUGAGUGAGCAGGAAGGGCUGGUAACUUUGCCAUCCUGACUGUCGCAUGACUAUAGACUGUAUGCAAGUGACUGAUGUCAUCUGUGUGUAUGCAGUGGAGCUGCAUACACACAGAUGACAUCUGUGUGUAUGCAGUGGAGCUGCUUUAUGAAGUUUCCUUUCCCCCAGUUUGUUUUUCCCCCUUUCUUUUGCUGAAGGAAAAGAAAGCAUCAGUAUAAAGGCAGAAAGUGUCAUCAUAGCAUUGGACUGUGCUGCCUUCCCACCACUUUUUUCAUCAUGUUUUGCCUCGUGAGACCCCCCUCACACUCAACAGGGGUGAGAUGCAUGUGUGAACAGGUAUACAGGAAGAUUUCAGUGCAGUCUGCCUGAAAAUUUCUUGAGAAUUACAGAAGUGCAUCUGUGCAUCAAAGGUGCUUUACUGGAGAGUGACCUGCACUCCAAAAAGAUGCCUGCAUAAUGUUGAUUUACCAACAUUUACAGAUAAGGACAGAACAUCAAGAGAUAAACUCCUCUAGAAGUAAUUUCAAACGGAAAGCAUUUGAGGGAAAAAGUGUGGGAGUGCAAAUAUGUCAUCUAACACAAAGAGCCCUUCAUAAAUCCAUUGUACUCUCAGCUGUCCAAGCAUAAGCCACUGCAUGAAAAGUUUUGACUUAAUUAAUCCAUAAAGCAGCCAGACCAGACUCUUUGAUUAAAGGCUCUGUGUCUAAUCAUGCCACUGAUGAACCACGCUUCCUCUCUGAAAUCAGUGUCAGGCGCUAUAAUUGGGGUCAGCUAUAGUGCAAAAUAGCUCAAGUGUUGUGUUAGUUGUCUACUGAAAGGAAUGCAUAAAGAAAAUAUUUAGCUCUUCAUUGUCUUCCUCAGGAUAAAAAAGUAGCUUUUCCUUUAGAUCAUUUUGUUUGCAUUUUUAUGUGUAGUGUUUACAUUCAACCAGAAUUGAAAGGUAAAACUUGAAUAUUUCCAGAUGAUUGAAAAGUUUUCUGCUGAGUAUGACGGUGCACACGACAAACGUAUUAUUAUAGCUUUGCAAUCAGAAGAACCUAGGAUACUGUUUGAAGUGAUUAUACUACUAUUAACAAUCAUAGAGACCUCAUAUUAGAGUCACAUUACACUUUAAUAUAUUCAUAACAACAUACAGCCACCGACCACUUCAUUAGAUAUGUCUGUUCAACUGCUCGUUAUCGCAGAUAUCUAAUCAGCAAAUUAAACAAAGAAAAAAAAUGCAUGUCGGCAUGCUGAGAUGGUCAUGGACUGUGAGAUCCACAGGCAGAUUGGUGCUGCAUCAGCAGAAUUGCAGGCGUUUUAGCAGACCACGUGAUGAAAAUGGAGCUUUUAAUUUACCUGUCAGUCUUGGCUUCAACCUUCACCUAUGGACAUGUUCUUUGGGUAGUGACUGAAAGAGGUCAGAAUAAGUUUCCUCAGGAGGAUAGCUAAGCUCAGAUAUCCUGGGAGACCUCGGAGUAGUGAUGCUGCUCCCUCACACUGAAAGGAGUCAGCGGGUGGUUCGGGCAUUUGAUCAGGAUGCCUCCUUGUUACUUCCCUGUGGAGGUCUUCCAACUACAAGAACCAAGAACUCGCUGCAGGAAUUAUAGGAGUAUAUGCCACUUGGCCUGGAAUUGACUUUGGAUCCCCAAGAAGAGCUGGAAACUUUGCAAAGGAGACAGAUGACUGAGGAAGAAGGAGGAAGAAGAUGGAUAGAUGUAUGGAUGAAUGGAUGGACAUGGUGAAAACGGCCCGUUGAGCAUCAGAACAGGAAAGAAAUAUGGUUUAACUGAUUUUGAACGUGCCAUGCUUGCGGGCAGUCUGCAGGCUUAGUGCUUCCUCCAAAUUCUUACCCUACCAUUUGAAUAUGAGCCAAAAUUGAGACCUGAGGCAAUGUUUUUCCAAUUUUGGUGAGCCUACUUGUCUUGUAGCCUCAUUUUCCUGUCUUUAGCCAACAGAAGUGCCACCUGGUGUUGUCUUCUGCUGCUGUAGCCAAUCUGCUUCAAGGUUUGAUGUGUUGUCCAUUCAGAGAUACUCCUCUCCUUACCUGGGUUACAACAAGUUAUCAUUUAUAUUUACUAUUAAAAUGUCAUUUAGCAGAUGCUGCUGUCCAAAGCGGCAUUCAUAUAAACAGACGUUCAUGGCAUUAAGAGCCUUGCACAAGGGCCCACGCUGCCUGCUAUUUGUGCAGGAUUUUUACCGCUGAUCUCCUGUGUCAAAGCCAGUUAUGUAAACCACUAAGCUAUUCAGCAGAGUUAUUGUUGCCUUUCUAUCAACUUCAGCUGGCCUGAUCACUGUCUUCUGAUCUCUGCUAUCAACAAGUUACUCUGAUUGAUCACUGGAUAUUUUCUCUUUUUCCCACCAUUCUCUAUAAACCCAAGAAAUGGCUGCAUGUGGAAAUCUCUGUAGAUCAGCAGUUUGUGAAAAACUCAGACUAGUCCAUUUGGCAGUAACCAUGGGGCAUUCAAAGUGACUUGAGUCAUCUUUCCUCUUUGUUCUGAUGCUCUGAACUUUAGCACAUCAUCUUGACCGUGUCUAUGUGCUUAAAUGCUUUCAUAGCUGCCAUGUGAUUGGCUAAUUAGGUGUUUACAUUAAUAAUCAGUUUAACAGAUGUACCUAAUGAAGUGGUUAGUGAGUGUGGGUUCCUUAAAUUGUUGGAUUAGGCAUCCAUAUCAAUAAAACAGUUUUAUUAUUCAAAGGAUCUCCUCUUAGCACAUAGACAUAAUUAAAUUGAAUACAGCUGUGGGAUAUACUGAAUUAUUUACUUCGGUUUUUAUUAUUUUAAAGGACUCUUGUGUUAAACUUUUACUGAGUAGAGUUUGUUUUGAAGUUGUGCUUAUUUUGCUUUAAGGAGUUUUAGGAUAUUUAUUCAUUUCUGAGCUUUCAGGGAGAUUUCUAAUUGCUUUAUUUAUUUUCUCAGGUCAGAUUCAGAGAGAUUACUGAAUGCAAACAGGAUAAACAAUCUAAAGAGAGAGAAUGCAAAUAUUGGUUUCUGAAAACUGCACCAUGGUAAAAUCAUUUUUUUUCUCUUUUCAGUAUAAAGGCAUUUUUUCAUUUGAUUAGAAAAUGCAAGCAAGUACAAAUGCAAAGACACGCAGGGGUAGAAAGCUUUCUUGUAGGUAGCAUUACUUAUAGUUACUUGUAGUUUAUAAGUAAGAGUUAAUAUGAGGAGUUUCAGUGUGCAAACCUAUCAAAACAACGUCCUAUCAUCCUGGGGACACAGGGAAAACAAUGCAUUUGCACAAUGCAUUUGUUAUAUUAAAUCAAUCUAUAAAUGGAGGAUUUCAUUAUUUUGUACAAGGAAUAUUUUAUUCAUAAUACAAUCAAAACUCUGGAUUUUUAUUAAGAUUAGAUAUGUAGCAAUGAGAAUAAUAUGCAAGCUAUAUAUGUUACUGUUUCUGAUUUUAUCAGCUAUAUAGGACCAUUUUCUUUUUUUAAUUUAUAUGCAGAGUUUCUGUAAAUAUCGACUUUAAACUAUAAAUUCAUUCAUAAAAGUCAAAAGAUGACUACCAUACUCCAUUAGUUUUCUUUCCUUUGUUCACUGGCCAAAAUUUUUAUUGGCUCUUUGCACUAACAGUUUUGCACACUGAAACUUGCUGAUUAAGAUUUAGUUUGAGGUUUUGUUAAUAUUGUAAUACCAAGCACUAAAGUUACUCUCAACA